AUGGAAAUCGCCGACGCCAUUUCAGGUUUCCACACACACACUCUCUCUCUCUCUCUCUCUCUCUCUCUCUCUCUCUCUCUCUCUCUCUCUCUCUCUCUCUCUCUCUCUCUCUCUCUCUCUCUCUCUCUCUCUCUCUCUCUCUCUCUCUCUCUCUCUCUCUCUCUCUCUCUCUCUCUCUCUCUCUCUCUCUCUCUCUCUCUCGCUCUCUCCCACACAAAUUGGAGAAAGGGCGUGGGCGGGGCGGGGGCGGGGAUGAGAGGCGCAGAUGCAUGCAACUGGAGGAUGGAAUAUGAUGCUCUGGACGCAGAUGCGAGGCUGUGGACCACACGGUGCCAGGCGCGCGAGUACACACACACAACACACACUCCGACGCAGCAGCGUUCAGUAGCUGGCGGACACCUACACAUCUCGAGUGCCAGCUCUAGGCAGGGUCAUGAGUGGCGGAUCAUGCGACCAAACUCAUGCCCAAACAGCCAGCAACCGGCCCUCAGGGGCGCUGCCACUCGUCAGGAUAAAAUGGUGCAAGGAUUACACAAUUCAUCUCUCUCUCUCUCUCUCUCUCUCUCUCUCUCUCUCUCUCUCUCUCUCUCUCUCUCUCUCUCUCUCUCUCUCUCUCUCUCUCUCUCUCUCUCUCUCUCUCUCUCUCUCUCUCUCUGUUGA